UACGUAGCCAAAUUUGAAGAAAGCAAAACGAGAGAGAAAGAGAGAGACUGAAACAUUGAUACAGAAAUUAGGGUUUUUAUCUGAACAAAAUUGGGGGCAAAUCAAAUGGAGCAGGGCACCCAAGGCAGCAUAGUUCUGAGAAGACAUGGAAAGGGAGAGUCACAGGAAGAAGAAGAAAGAGCGGUGGACUUGAGUGGUCAGGUGCACCUCCUCCCCUGCUCCAUCAAAUUCAAUGGCCCUUCCAAUGUCUCCCAAUACUUCAAACCCAAACCAACUGGAAUCGAAUCGGAGGGUUUAAGGACGCAGGAAGCUUGUUUCAGAGGAAGGAAGUUGCAAGGAGCUUCGAUUUCGGUUCCAGAUGGGUAUUCUGGAUUUGUUCUAGGGAAGAAGAGUCUUGGCAAGAGAAAUCUUUCCGAUAAUUCUGAUGGGAGCUCAAACUGUUGGGAGAUGAAUGCGAAAUAUAAAAGCAUCACAUAUUGGAAUCACGACAGCCUUCCUUCACAGGAUGAUGGAUUCUUGCGUUGUUUUCACUGGCUUUCUGUAGCAAAAUCUAUGCACAAACCCACAACAGCCGAAGAUUUGGUUUCUGCAUCAGCUGCUUUGGAAAAGAUGAACUGAUUACCCUUUCCCCGCGAGUUCUUUGUACUAAAAAAAAAGCCAAAAAUCUCAAAGUACUUGUAUCUCUCUCUUGGUAGAAAUUAGCAUCUUUGUAUUUUGAAUGCUUGUAGGUUUGUAAUUAAUAAAAGUUGUAUUGGCAGUCGAAUUCCUUGAAAGUUUGAUGAACCUCAUCUUGAAAUUGAAGCUUGAUUACAUUA